AUGGCAUUAAACCAAAGAACUUUUUCUUUGGCUUUCCUUAUCAUCCUAACCUCUACCCUGCUCUGGGCAUCUGUCUUAUCACACCAACCUGGAGAGGUAUGUGAGUUUGACUACAUAGGAGGGAGCAAUAAAGGGCCAACGAAAUGGGGUGCAAUCAAGGAGGAAUGGUCCAAGUGCAACAAUGGCAAAAUGCAAUCUCCCAUUGAUCUAUCAACCAACACAAUCAAUGUUGUUAAUAGUUUGGGUCCACUUAACAGAGAAUACAAUCCCUUCUCUGCCACACUCCGGAAUCGCGGCCACGAUAUUUCGGUUGCAUGGGAAGGAAAUGUGGGAUCAAUUGAGAUCAAUUGGACAAAAUAUCUUCUUAAACAAAUUCAUUGGCACUCUCCUUCCGAACAUACUCUUAAUGGAAGAAGGUACGAUUUAGAACUUCAUGUGGUGCAUGAAAGUUUAAAUUCAAAUGCCAAGUAUGCUGUUGUUUCCCACUUGUACGAGAUUGGUCCUCCUGAUGCUUUCCUUUCAAAGGUGAGUGGAGGAAUAAAGGAAUUGAGUACUGGAAAGAAGGAGAUAAAAUUAGGAAGCAUAAAUCCUGAUGAGAUAAGAAACGCGAGUGGGAUUAACUAUUAUCGAUACAUUGGCUCCCUCACUGCCCCUCCUUGUACUGAAGGUGUCGUUUGGAGCAUUAACAAACAGAUAGGAACUGUCUCACAAGAACAAGUGAUGCUUCUGAGAUCGACUGUUGAACAUUGUGCGGAGACAAAUGCAAGACCAGUCCAACCACUUAAUGGACGACAUGUUCAACUCUAUUCUCAAGACCCAUCAUCCAUGCCCAUACCCAAAUGAAAUAUAUAGUUCUCACUUUUUUCCUUUUUUUUUGUUUGUUUGUUUGCUAUUCAAAUAAUUGAGGCUUGAAUUAUGUUGAUUCUGUGGGCUCGCGUAUUUGUUCAUCUUUCCAGUG